AUGUCAACGAUCGGCGUACCCAUCAAACUUCUCCAUGAAGCCCAGGGUCACAUUAUUACACUCGAACUGAAGACUGGUCAAUUGUACCGUGGUAAACUCUUGGCUGCCGAAGAUAACAUGAACAUUCAGUUGAGAGAAAUCACAGUGACGGCACGAGACGGACGUGUUUCGCAGUUGGAUCAAGUAUAUAUUCGUGGAUCGACUGUUCGUUUCUUCAUUGUACCCGACAUGUUGAAGAAUGCGCCCAUGUUUAAGCAAGUGGGUCCCGGUGCACUUAAGGGACGUGGUAUUGGUCUUGGACGAGGGCGCGCAACUGUUGCACGCGCGCAGGCUCGAGGCAGAGGUCGUGGUGGUUUCCGUGGACGGGGCCCACCUAUCCGCCGUUAA